CACACUAAAUAGUGAAAUACACCAUCAAUAAUCCACACUCACUUUUCUUUUAAAAAACGUACGUUCGAAAAUUAACUAAACAUGAGCACCUCCGAACUGAUUUUCAUCCCUUCUCCCGGUGCCGGCCACCUUCCGCCAACGCUAGAGCUCGCAAACCUUCUUCUAGACCGUGAUCAACGCCUUUCUAUCACCAUCAUCAUCAUGCAACUCGAUCUUGGACCAAACAACAAAACCGAAACCCAAAAAUCCACUUCCCGUCUACGCAUCGUUGACAUCCCUUGUGACGAGUCUACUAAGGCUCUCAUCAACCCCAAGACCUUCCUUGCCGACUUCAUUGAACACAACAAGGUUCAUGUUCGUGACAUCGCUCGUGGCAUCAUUGAUUCUGGGACGGUUCGACUAGUUGGCAUCGUUCUCGACAUGUUUUGUGUGAGCAUGACUGAUGUAGGGAAUGAGUUUGGGGUUCCAAGUUAUAUCUACUUUACUUCUGGUGCAAGCACGCUUGGCCUCAUGUUUUACUUUGAGGCCAAGCGUGACCAGGAUGCCUAUGAUAUCACUGAAUUGAAAAACUCAGAAUCAGAUUUGUCAAUUCCGAGUUAUUUCAAUCCAGUGCCACCAAAGCUCUUACCAGAAAUAAUGAUGGAAAAAGAUGGGGCCAAAAUGUUUCUUGACCUUGCAAAGAGCUUUCGUGCGUCGAAGGGUAUAAUAAUAAACACGUUUCAAGAGCUCGAAAGCCAUGGGAUUGAGUAUCUUGUGAGUAGCAACGUCAAUCUUCCACCAGUAUUUCCAGUUGGGCCAAUACUGAACCUUAAAAAAACGAACACGAAUGGUAAGACCGAAGAAAUAAUGACGUGGCUAGACAACCAACCCGAGAGUUCGGUUGUGUUCCUUUGUUUCGGAAGCAUGGGAAGUUUUAAUGAGAAACAAGUUAAGGAGAUUGCGGUUGCCCUUGAACGAAGUGGACAACGAUUUCUAUGGGCAUUACGACGUCCACCAUCGAAAGAGAAGAUGGAGUUACCAGAAGAAUACGAAAAUCCGAAUGAGGUGUUGCCAAAGGGGUUUCUUGAACGGACAUCAAGUGUAGGGAAGGUGAUAGGGUGGGCCCCACAAAUGGUGGUAUUAUCCCACCCGUCAGUAGGAGGUUUCGUGUCACAUUGUGGAUGGAACUCAACACUGGAAAGUAUAUGGUGUGGGGUUCCGAUAGCUGCUUGGCCACUAUAUGCCGAACAACAGCUCAAUGCUUUUCAACUUGUGGUGGAGAAAGGAAUGGCGGUGGAGAUAAGGAUCGACUACCGGAUGAGUAUGAAACCCGGUGGCAGCGAGAUGAUGGUGACCGCGGAGGAGAUUGAGAGUGGGAUUAGGAAGUUAAUGAGUGAUGAUGAGAUAAGAAACAAGGUGAAAGAUAUGAAAAACAAGAGUAGACUUGCGGUCUUAGAAGGUGGAUCUUCUAAUGCUUCUAUUGGACUUCUUAUUGACCAUUUGAUGAAUGAUAAUCACUCAACUAAUCAGUUCUAAGUCUUAUGGGACUUUUAAGAGAAGAAGGGAGCUAGAUUUUGUCUCUUUAAGAAGUCUCAAGUUCAAACAUGUAUGAGUAUGGAUAUUUAAUUAGCAAUUGUUGAAUUGAAAUUUGCUACAUAGAAAGAAAAAAAAAAUUAAGUACUCAAACA